GGAAAGAGGGAGUGACAGCAGACUUUUGUCUUUUCUGAGACACCCAUUCCAGGCAUAAAGGCCAGAGAAGGUGGCCCUGGGACUCUUUGUCCUCUGUCCACAGUGCUGUGAGGAGUACUGGAUUACCUGACAGAGACCAUCAUAGAGAACUACACAGUUUGAGGAAGGGAGUCACAACUCAGGACAGCCAUGGAUGAUGUAUAUAAAGCAGCGGUCGAGAAUUUAACAGAGGAACAAAAAAAUGAGUUCCGCGCUGCCUUUGACAUCUUCGUGCAGGACGCUGAGGAUGGCUGCAUUAGCACUAAGGAGUUGGGGAAGGUGAUGAGGAUGCUGGGGCAGAACCCCACACAAGAAGAACUGCAGGAGAUGGUGGACGAAGUCGAUGAGGAUGGUAGCGGGACAGUGGACUUUGAUGAGUUCUUGGUCAUGAUGGUGCGCUGCAUGAAAGAGGAGAGUAAAGGAAAAUCCGAGGAGGAACUGGCCGAGGUCUUCCGCAUGUUUGACAAAAAUGGAGACGGUUACAUUGACCUAGAAGAGCUAAAGAACAUGCUAGAAUCAACAGGCGAGGCCAUUACUGAAGAUGACAUUGAGGAACUCAUGAAGGAUGGGGACAAAAACAAUGAUGGCAAAAUUGACUAUGAUGAGUUUUUGGACUUUAUGAAGGGUGUGGAAUAAAAAUCCUGCCUAGCUGAAGACCCCAGACUCAACAGCCCCAUGCAUCACCUCAUCAUUCCCUGUCCUGAAGCUGGUACAUCACCACAGGGUCCCCAAAACCUGUAACCUGGCAAGCAUGCAAACUCAUGUUUUGUUAUGUUUUUUUUUUUUGUUUAAACAAAACACUCUUGCAAGACAUGUAAAUAAUUUGCAUUACCACCCAUCAUGUAUUGGUUCUGAAUGCCCACCAAUAAUCGUAUCUUUCAACUUACCCUAAUCAAAACAACUUUGAGAAAAACCCUGUAGUCUGUUCUUUGUAAUCUAAAAGAGCCAGUGUUGUCUGGAAUAAAAUGGAGACUUGGACUUAAAACA